AUGCCAAUCUUCCAUAACUAUACUUCUCCCAUUUUCCUCCUCACGGGAGUCCCUGGACUUGAAUGGGCCCAUACCUGGAUCUCCAUCCCCUUCUGCUGCCUCUAUAUAACUGCCCUUUCUGGGAACACCUUGAUCCUGUUCGUGGUCCUCACUGAGCCAAGCCUCCAUGAGCCCAUGUACUAUUUCCUCUCCAUGCUGUCCACCACUGACUUGGGUCUAUGCAUCUCUACUCUGGGGACAGUGCUGGGAAUAUUCUGGCUCAAUGUCCGGGAGAUCAGCUUCAAUGCUUGUUUAUCACAGAUGUUCUUUAUUCACCUAUUUACGUUCAUGGAAUCUUCAGUGCUCCUUGCUAUGGCCUUUGAUCGCUUUGUGGCCAUUUCUAACCCCUUGAGGUAUGCUACCAUUCUAACUCAUGCAAGGAUAGCCCAGAUUGGUUUGGCAGUCAUUACCAGAGGAACUGUCAUUCUGACACCACUUGUCCUGCUUCUUAAGCGUCUGUCAUUCUGCCGAAGCCAUGUGCUUCACCAUUCCUAUUGUUUCCACCCUGAUGUGAUGAAGCUCUCAUGUUCAGACACAAAGAUCAAUAGUGCAUUUGGACUAACUGCAAUCAUCUCCACUGCUGGAAUCGACUCCAUCUUCAUUCUGCUCUCCUACAUCCUCAUCAUUCGCUCAGUUCUCAGCAUUGCAUCCCCAGAAGAGAGGAAGAAGGCCUUCAGCACUUGCAUCUCUCAUAUUACUGCAGUGGCCAUAUUCUACAUCCCUUUGAUCAGCCUGUCUUUCGUUCAUAGGUUUGGGAAACAUGCUCCUCCCUACGUGCCCACCCUCAUAGCUAAUCUGUACUUGCUCAUCCCCCUUGUGAUGAACCCCAUCAUCUACAGUGUGAAAACAAAGCAGAUUCAGAAAGCUAUACUCAAACUUUUUCAGACUAGAGAUAGACUGGAAUUCCAUCAGGAUUCCAUCACAGGGUCCCACCCUGAUGGUUUAAGCUAA